UCACUCUCUGCAUAAUAUCUUUCAUUUGAUUGAAAAAAAAUUACAAAAAUAAGCACAGCAGCGUGCACACAUCGAACACACCUCUCUCUCACCAGUCCAGCGACCCAACCCCGAAAACAACACCACUACUCACGCUGCCACCCAUCUUCAUCCUCUAUCUUCGCUAGCCACUGACCAACACAACGCCAACCACCCAAACCCUCUAUCUCCACCCGAGCCUCCAAACCAGCAGCCCCUUUUUCCCUUGUCACGAGAAACGACAAUCUCUCUCUCCCGUGAGCCCUCGCCAGCAGCAACCCCAUCGAUAGCAGCAAACCUCAAUAGCCCUUAAGCUACCGACAGCCCAUUUCAACCCAAAUUCUCAUCGGAGAUCACCUCUUUCAACGCCAGCGACCACAGUCACGCCGAACACAGAACCACCAGCUCACCACGCCAACAAAACCACGAGCCUCGUCAGCAAUCCCACCAUCAAUGGCGACAGCCGCGUGAUGAAGAAGAAGGAGAAAGGCCGAUAAAGAUUGACCCUGCCACCCUUAUCGGCUGGUGGUGCACUGCACCUUCAUCUUCGGUUCGACGAGGUAGAGAAGAUCACGAUCCAUAAUCUAACGCGCCGGAUCCCUCGCCGGAGACUCACCGCCGACGGUGGCAGUUGGCCAGAGCUUUCAUCCAGGUUUCGAGGGUAGGCCAUGGCUGCAAAGAAAAUAAUAGCUAUAUGCCAGUCAGGUGGGGAGUUUGUGACAAAUGUAGAUGGAUCGUUGUCAUAUAAUGGUGGUGAUGCUUACGCGAUUGACAUUGAUCAGCAAACCCUGCUGAGUGAUUUCAAAUCUGAAGUAGCAGAACUUUUCAAUUGUAGUGCUGAUAUCAUGUCUAUUAAGUACUUUCUUCCUGGGAAUAGAAGGACCCUUAUUACAAUAUCCAAAGACAAGGAUCUACAGCGUAUGGUUAAUUUUCUUGGGGAUUCAUCCACGGUUGAUGUCUUCCUUUUAUUGAAGGACGUUGCGGCUUGCAAUGUAUCAAACAUCUCUGCUAGUAGGUCAAGCAGGACUACUGUAUCGGAAGCUGUGAUUCCUGUCGAAGCUCCUAUUGAUGUUGCUGUUGAUAUGGCCCAUACUGUCGGUGGGUUUGAUAUGGAUUUGUCCAGUGGAGAUCCUAUAUCCUGUAUACCUAUCGGAGUCAUCGAUGACAAGCAACGUAAAGCUGCACAACAGUGGGAGAACAUGAUUACUGGUGUUGAUCAAAGGUUUAAUAGCUUCACUGAAUUCCGCGAAGCUUUGCACAAGUACUCAAUUGCACAUGGGUUUGCUUACAGAUAUAAGAAAAAUGACAGUCACCGUGUUUCUGUCAAAUGUAAAACCCAAGGUUGUCCAUGGAGGAUAUAUGCAUCAAGGUUGUCAACCACACAAUUAAUUUGCAUUAAAAAAAUGAACCCAAAUCAUACAUGUGAAGGAGCUGCUGUGAAAGCUGGGUAUCGUUCAACAAGGGGUUGGGUGGGAAGUAUCAUAAAGGAGAAAUUGAAAGUUUCCCCAAACUACAAGCCAAAGGAUAUUGCAGAUGACAUCAAACGAGAGUAUGGAAUUCAACUGAAUUAUUCUCAGGCAUGGCGUGCAAAAGAGAUUGCCAGGGAGCAGCUUCAAGGCUCCUAUAAAGAGGCAUAUAAUCAGUUACCUUUCUUUUGUGAGAAGAUAAAGGAGACUAAUCCGGGCAGUAUAGCUACGUUCUCCACAAAAGAUGACUCAAGCUUUCAUCGUCUCUUUGUGUCAUUUCAUGCAUCAAUAUCUGGUUUUGAUCAAGGUUGCCGUCCUCUCAUUUUCCUUGACAGCAUUCCUUUAAACUCAAAAUACCAAGGGACACUGUUGGCUGCAACUGCUGCAGAUGCAGACGAUGGUAUUUUUCCUAUAGCAUUUGCUGUAGUUGAUGCUGAAACAGAGGACAAUUGGCUUUGGUUUUUAUUGGAACUGAAGUCUGCAGUCUCUGCAUCUCGCCAGAUCACAUUUGUGGCAGAUUUUCAAAAUGGUUUGAAGAAAUCAUUAGCUGAGAUAUUUGAUAAAUGCUACCACAGCUAUUGCUUACGCCGUCUUGCAGAGAAACUAAAUAAAGACUUGAAAGGUCAGUUUUCUCAUGAAGCAAGACGUUUCAUGGUUAAUGAUUUUUAUGCUGCUGCUUAUGCACCCAGACUUGAGGGAUUCCAGCGCUCUGUAGAAAAUAUAAAGGGUAUAUCCCCUGAAGCUUACAAUUGGGUUGUACAAAGCGAGCCUGAGCACUGGGCAAAUGCAUUCUUUGGAGGGGCAAGGUAUGAUCAUAUGACAUCAAACUUUGGACAACAGUUCUACAAUUGGAUAUCAGAGGCACAUGAGUUGCCAAUAACACAAAUGGUCGAUGCAUUAAGAGGUAAGAUGAUGGAAGCAAUUUAUACUCGCCGGGUGGAAUCAAAUCAAUGGAAAACUAAGUUAACCCCAUCAAAGGAGGAAAAAUUAGAAAAGGAAAUGUCAAUUGCAAGGUCACUUCAAGUGUUACUCUCCCAUGGAAGCACAUUUGAAGUUCGCGGGGAAUCUGUAGAUGUUGUUGAUAUUGAUCAUUGGGACUGUAGCUGCAAGGGAUGGCAACUAACUGGUUUGCCCUGCUGCCAUGCUGUUGCGGUCUUUGAAUGCAUUGGCCGAAGUCCAUAUGAUUAUUGCUCCAGAUACUUCACAACCGAGAGUUACCACUUAUCGUAUGCUGAGUCGAUCCAACCUGUUCCAAAUGUUGACCGACCAGUGCAGGGUGAAUUAACUGAGGCGGGAGUUAUUGUAACCCCUCCACCAACUAAGCGUCCACCUGGCCGGCCAAAGACAAAGCAGGCUGAAUCAACUGAUAUUAUAAAGCGUCAGCUUCAGUGUAGUAAAUGCAAGGGCCUUGGCCACAAUAAGAAGACAUGCAAAGAAUCUUAGCAUACAUAGAUCGUAGGUAAAGUAGUUGUUUCCUUUUCGUAAGUAUCCCACACUAACUUUUUUGACAAUUUUAGAUGGCAAUCUGUUCACAUGUUUUUGUAUGCACCGAUUGUUGAAAAGCAUCACAAUUUGCUUAGAUGCUUGUGGUGUGAUGGCUUUUGUGUGUUUGUGUGAAUAAAAGUCAUCAUAUGCCAUGGCAUUAUAGUGCUA